AUGAAUUUCAAAUCACACUUUCGUAUUGAAAGAAAUACUUUUGAACAAUUGAUACAAACUUUUGGAUUAGCGUUAUUGAUAGAAAAUGAUGAUUCUCCUCAAUUACCACCAGCCAAGCAACUUGCUAUUGCCUUAUGGAUUUUUGGCAAUCAGGAAGUUUACAGAUCUGUCGCAGAUCGAUUUGGAGUAUGUAAAGACACUGUAUGGAGAUGUGUUUUCAAUGUGGCUUACAUACUAGAGCAACGUGUUCAAAAUUAUAUUAAAUGGCCAGAAGUUCAUGAAAUAUUACAUAUACAACAACAAUUUACUGUUAUGAAUAAUUUCCCAGGUGUAGUGGGUAUUAUUGAUGGUUGUCAUAUUCCUGUUAGUUCUCCUAUUGAACAUCCAGAUAGUUAUAUAAAUAGAAAAAGUUUUCAUUCUAUAAUACUGCAAGGCAUUUGUGAUCAUAAAAUGAAAUUUAUUGACGUUUUUACUGGAAUUUGUGGUAGCGUUCAUGACGCUCGAGUUUAG